CUUAAUAGACAGAUUAAGGAUCAUAUCUCUAAAAACGAAUUAGACAAAGUUAAUCAAAUCUUAUCACAACUUUCAUCCCUUGCAUUAAAUUCAAAUCCAAGUUGGAGAUGGGGUGGUGUGAUGGGUUUAGCAGCUUGUUCGAUCGCCUUAGGUCAUGAGAUUCCUAAUCAUUUAAUUCAUAUCGUACCUCCUAUCAUCUCUUGUUUUUCUGAUGCAGAUAGUAAAGUUCGAUAUUUCUCUUGUGAAUCUAUGUAUAAUGUGGCCAAAGUGGCAAAAGGAGAAAUCUUGAUUUAUUUUAAUGAGUUAUUUGAUGCACUUUCAAAGCUUGCAGCUGAUCCAGAUCCAGCGGUUAAAAAUGGUGCAGAACUUUUGGAUAGACUGAUCAAGGAUAUCGUGACUGAACAAGCUGCUACUUAUAUAUCAGUGAUUCCAAAUCACAUUCGAUCUACUCGUCAAUCAAUCAAUUCAUCAUCAUCCAUUGUCUCAAUGACUAAUCAACCUAUGAAUCCUACCCAACCAUCAUUUGUUUCAUCACCUCAAUCUCAACUUCAACUUGAAAGAGCCUUCUCAUUAGAAGAUUUUAUUCCAUUACUCAGAGAACGAAUUUAUAAUUUCAAUCCAUUCACUCGUCAAUACCUUGUUUCAUGGUUACAACUUCUUAAUUCGAUUCCCGAAAUCAAUCUUGUUAGUCACUUACCCGACUUUUUAGAUGGUCUUCUUAAAUAUCUCGUUGAUGCUGGUUCAGAUAUUCAAUUAUCAGUUCAACAACUCUUAGCCGAUCUUUUAAUUGAAAUUGAUAAAGUAGUCCAUGCCAAUGAUCAAUCUAUUUCACCUGAUAUGACGAUAUCCCAUCAAGUGAAUGAAAAUACUGAAGUGUCUAGUCCACUCAGUAGAGCAACUACCAUCAAUCCUAAUAAUCUUAGAGAAACCAUCACAUCACCUCAAGAAAUCAAAUCUCAACUUGAUCGUGGGUUUGAAGAUGAAGUUGAAGAUGAUGAGGAUGCUGAACUAGGAACCUAUGUCCAAGGUCAAGGAGUAGAAUUAGACUUACCCGCCAUCGUCCUGAUCUUGAUCAAUUGGAUGCAUUGUCACGAAAGUUGUGAAGAAACACAAGCAACUUGUUUAAGAUGGUUAAAUGAGUUAAUUCAUAUUGAUGAAUCGAUUUUGAUUCCAUUCACACCAAAUUUGAUUCCGAUUAUCUUAACAGGUUUAUCACAUCGUCGGUAUCAAGUUAAAGAACUUGCGAAUGAAGUGAAUACAAAUUUAUCAAGAGCUAUUGAAAACUUACCAACACCUACACCACCUAAUCCUACUAAUGAUCGGUCACUUAGUUUGAAUUUGAAUGUACCUUCAUCAUCUAAUACUCGUAAACGACCUCAACCAAAUCAAAAAAUUCCAGAAGAACCCUUAUCUAGAAGUGAAGAGUUACCGAUCAGAUCAGAUCAAGGUCAGAUUGAAGAAGAAGUGAUUCCAGAUCCAUUUGAUUAUUUCAAUACUGUGAAUAAUCUAACCUUACAAUUCCUAAACCCACAUGAAGAAACAAGAUUAGCAGCUCUGAGAUGGUUAAUUAUGUUACAUCAAAAAGUACCUGAUAAGAUCUUAACAUUAGAAGAUGGAACGUUUCCAGCUUUAUUGAAAACUUUAUCAGACGAAUCGGAAUUGGUGAUCCGAUCUGAUUUACAAUUACUUUCACAAAUCAGUUUAAGAUCUUUAAGUGUAGAUCAAGAUGGAGUUUAUUAUUCACAUUUCAUGUUGGAUUUAUUGAAUUUGUUUGGAACUGAUCGAGAUUUAUUGGAAACUAGAGGGAAUUUGAUCGUUAGAGUUUUGUGUCAGUAUUUAAAUCCUGAAAGGAUUUAUAAAACGUUUGGUGAACAUUUGGAAAAGGAUGAGGAUUUAGAAUUCGCUUCAUUAAUGGUUCAAAACUUGAAUUUGAUUAUGAUCACUUCACCUGAACUAAGUGAGAUGAGAAAGAAAUUAAAACAAUUAGAAACCAAAGAUAAUUGUCAUCUGUUCAUUAACUUAUAUCGAUCGUUUAGUCAUAAUCCGAUUUCAACUUUAACAUUAUGUUUAUUAACUCCAGUGGCAUAUGAACAUGCAUUUAAUUUACUUUCGAUCUUGGCUAAUGAUAUGGAAAUCACAGUUGGUUUAUUGAUUCAAGUUGAUAAACUGGUUCAAUUAUUAGAAAGUCCGAUUUUCACUUCGCUAAGGUUACAAUUACUUGAACCUGAUAAAUAUCCUUUUCUUUAUAAGGCCCUUUAUGGUAUCUUGAUGCUUUUACCUCAAAGUUCUGCUUUUGCUACUUUGAGGAAUCGGUUAGGAGCCGUUAGUACUUUGGGGUACGCACAUGCGAUUCCUAAAACGUGA